AUGUCUCACUACCAAACAACUUACCAUUCGGAUUACAGCCCACCACCUUCGGAUGUUUUUGACGAUCAGGACCUAGAACCUAGACAUCAACGACAACAUGGUGGCGGUGGACGUUUUGCGGAACCCUGCAGCCAAUGUCAUCGAAUGUGCCGCUGCGUCCGGCUGGGCAGAAAAGUAUCGAGCCCCGAUCAAUCGCCCCGUUCUUCCUGCAGCAGCAUCAGCUCCCGGAUCCGCUCAAUUCGACAGCUGGAUUACACCAAACCUGCUCCAUGCACUUCGGAAGUGCGCGUCUGCCGUUGCCAAUGUGAGUGCUGCAAUGCUCCUAAACAACAGCAGCAGCAGCAACAGCAGCAGCAGCAACAGCAGCAGUUAUCAUCGAUACUUUUGAAAAGGCCUAAGGCAGAUUCACCUCAGUACUUUCACAGAUUGAGUCACGAGAGUAGCAGGAAUUCUGGAGGAAAUUCAUGUGGCUGUAAAAGACUAACACGGGAUUCGUAUCCUGAGAUUGAGUGCAAUAGCUGUAUGUUGAGGAACGAAGAUCCGAUUGUGCGGCAUCGACUGGAUAGACCCGUUUCAAGAGCAUGUUCUUGUGACAAAAGCAAUGGAACGUGUACGGUUAACCGAUCUUCAAGUAAGCUGCGAUUCGGAGGCCAGGUGCAUGAUGAGCAGAAAGCUGCAUGACGUCGAAAGAAUGAUGACAACAUACCGCACGAUACACUACCUGUUCGAAAACAAGAUUUGACCUUGAGAGAUUCUUAGCAAAACAUGUGUUUGUCCUGUUUGGAUUGUAGUCCGAAUUCCUCGUGUCCCAAACCAACGCAAUCUAGUAGUCAGGUUUAUUCCACAUACAAGAACUUUCUUCAUUUCAAAUUCAAACAGUAAAAUGUCAUCCUCGAACACCCCAUGGUACCAAACAACCUACAUGAAGUCCUUCACCGGGGAAAAUCCCUUUGCUUAUUGUAGGGAAAUCAGCGUAACGGCCCCAGUAGUUCCGGAGUUCCGAAAACGGUACCAUGCCAACAUGCAAACGACCGGACCGUUCAAGCACCAGGUUUUCGUGAGCCACUGCAUUCGAGGGCCGCUGGCGCCACUGGAAUGUUGUCCUCAUACCGAGUAUGGGGAUUAUGUUGGGAAUCUGGGGUACCUAAGGCUGCAGAAGACGCAUCCCGCACUUCCGGAUUGUGGUGUGUGUUAAAUCUGAAGAUG